CCCUUUGCUAGCAAGCGUUCCUAGGGUGUCGCCAGCCUGGCCGACAGGCUCAGGCUCGUCCCGCAGUUGACUGGAACAUUCCGACCAGCGCGUGCCGCUCGGCUCCCUAGAGCCCCGCUCCCGUCGCUGUAGGGCUGAUGUCAUACUUACACUACCAGAGGAAUUGUGCAGCAGUAAACCUACACUGUGCCAGCCCCUUCCUUUGGCAAGUAGAAUUUAAAAUUCUGGAGAAUCUCCUUUCUCUCUUGCUGUCUGCUCUGGACUGAACAUAACCCCUUCAGAACUGCAGGUUUUCAGAAGGGUGGCCAAAUGAGUGAUCUCACAGAAGAAAACUGCAAGAAAAGCAAUUCUGCCCAGGAAGCAUCUGCAGAAGGAAAUGUCUCUCCUGAGAAGGAUGGUUCAAUAACACAAAAACAAUUGCAGCAACUUGAGAAACAAUUAAAAUGCUUAGCCUUUCAAAAUCCAGGACCUCAAGUAGCUGACUUCAAUCCUGAAACUCGAGAGCAGAAAAAGAAAGCGUGCAUGUCACAGAUGAAACGAGAUUUUUUUAAGAAGCCCAAAAGUGCAAAGAAGUACGACAGAUGUGGCAGGCUGCUUUGUAAUAACUUCGAUUUGUGUGAUUGCCUGGAAAAGAACUGCCUGGGUUGCUUCUAUCCUUGCCCCAAAUGCAAUUCAAACAAAUGUGGAGUGGAAUGUCGCUGCAAUAGGAAAUGGGUUUAUGACAAAAUUGAGACUGAAGCUGGGAAUGUGAUCAGUGUGUUUCCAUUUCUUGCCUCUGACUGAUUUUGUUCUUAUCGUUUUUGUGCGUGAAUAAAGUUCUUCACGUUUUAUUAAA